GAAUUGCAGCAGACGUCUGCCACGAAUGUUUCCCUCCCCCCCCCAUCUCCCCGCUUUCUUCCUUUCUUUUUAAAGAAAAGAUGAAUCCUUUCGCAAAGCAGUAAAGUUUGCCAUUAAAAUUGACACCGGGGGAUGUCCGUAAAAGCCAAGUCCAUCAAGGAUUGGUUAGCCCGCCGGAAGUGGCUGGGAGCCCGGCGCAUUUUCCAACAGAUAAGUGCCCUGCUGGAGGUUCUUCCUCUCCCAGGCACGCACACGUGGGCACCUAUCCUGGUGGGUGCAACAUCAUUGCUCUCCCGAGGAUUUAGCCUUGUGCGACCUGUCGAAGCCAAUAGCUGGUCUUUAGGACUAGGCGCACGGCACCGUCUGUUUGGGGAGGAUUCGCCUUGCCGUGGGUUGAGGCGGAGGUUCAAUGGGUAAAGAGGCAUGAGUCAUCCCUCCUCCGGACUUGGGUACCUUCCUCUCCCUUUCCAUCAUCCCGGUUGGCGAAGUUCUCCUCAUUAUGACUUUUUCUCACGUAAAAACAGCUCUCCUGGUCUGUACGGUCCCGGACGCAAAGACCAGGAUUCCUCCUGCUUGGAAGUAGAGGCAGAUAAAUUUUCUCCAAGUUGUCAGGAAGAAGAUCCUCUCCACGAGCUGGAGAGGAAAGAGUCGGUUCUCUUUAUCCGCCAAAGUCGAACCCCGAAGGCAACUUUCCGGCCCGUUUCCCUUCCGAAACUCUCUUUAACUACCUGUCCGAAACAAGUUUCUGGGCAAUCGUCAUCUACUGCCGAAGGAAAUCUAUCCCGAAGUAGCUUCCCACCUUCUCCUUCAUACUUUGCAGAUGGAAGAAAUUGCGAGGUGUCUGUCCGGCUGAAACCUGAUUAUAGACCUAGACCUGUGGGAAGCAAAAGAGAAGACGGGGAUAAGGAAGAAGAGAAAGCAGACAAGAAAGAUGGCUUGCAAAAAUCGUUCUCUACACUUGAUGAAACUUCACCAGAAAAUCUAGGAGAGGAAGUAAUGCUUGAACAGACUUUCCCAGAAAGUAGAACUAAAGAACUGGAACAACCAUCCUGAUUAGAUGACCUUAGUAGAUAUGACUGAAGAACUCACUAGCCUGAAAAGCAUACUAAAUCAGAGAUUGCUUAACUACCAUGUCUGUAUUCAUAGAGAACAUCAAGUCAUACACUGGAAUGGCUAAGUUCAGAUGCUGCACUGUGUCAGAAACAAGUCACAUUGUAGGUCAGAUGGUAUCCAUUAAGAAUUAAGAAUCCAAAUGUGAAUUUGCUUAGCUUCUGACCAAAAAGAGAGCAUACUGUCUUUCCUUUAUGCUACAGUAACAUUCCUUGAAAAGCUUACAUAAAGCAAGAUCAAUAGAAAAUGAAGGGUUGUGGGUAAUGGAUUCGAAUGUUGUAACCUAUGUACAUUGACUGAUAUGUUUAUAAUUGUAGAGUCUUUUUCUUAAACAUUAC